AUGCGCCUGGCCUCCAAGCAGCUCCGUGAUCUCGUCCAGCCCCAUUUCCGCAUCCAGCGCGUCUUCAUAUCGGCCAAUCCUCGCAACGUAGAAGUUUUCAGGGCCGUCGCAGAACACGAAUCAUUCCGCCAUCGGGUUCAAGAGAUCGUUUGGGACGACGCGCGCUUGUUGAGAUCCCUCAGUGAACACGUGGAAGAAAACGGGUAUGAGCCGAUGCACGAUGAAGAUUUCUACGAACCUUCCGACGACGAGGAGCCUCCGGAAAAAUGCCCUCGCGACUUCUGGCGAGCAUGCCGGGAGAACAUAGAGAGGGCAAAGGAACGACAGGGCAGAGACCCGAAGAGCCUCCCGGAGCAUGUCGAGUUCGCGGAACAGCGCGCCGCGCAGCUCCCCUACGGAGUUGCGCACACCUACUACCAAAAGCUGCUUCAGCAGCAGAGCGAGGUCCUGGCCACGGAGGCCGACCGCAUCGCGUUCGAUUGGGUUCUGGACAACGACAGAUUUCCGAACCUGAGACGGAUCACGGUCACGCCAGUAGCCCACGGCAUGAUCUUCAACCCCUUGUACCCAACGCCGAUGAUCCGGGAGUUCCCAUACGGCUUCAACUACCCGCUCCCCCGCAGCUGGCCCACGCCAUACAAAAGAAGCAGCAUCGGCGCCGGGGACUGGGCGACCGACGCGGACAAGGACAGGUACCGCGGUUUCUGCAUCGUCACCCGCGCGCUUGCGCGACAGCAGCGCACAAAGGUCCCUGAAUUCAUCAUCGACGGCCGCCAGGUCAACACGGGCCUCACUUGCGAGAUCUUCCAGACCGCCGCAGAGCCGAGUGAAGAGUACGAGAACCUCGUCAGCGUGAUACGGAAACCGGGCUUCACGACGCUUAGGCUCAACCUCAUGGUGGGAGGCCAGGACUGGCAGAACUGGCCCGCGUUCCGCAGUGGGCGGCUCCGUGAGGCUCUUAAUGCCGACUUGCGGCACUUCACGUUCGAGGCCGAUCUGAACGAGAACAUGGCCUGGGAAAGUGCAGGCAAGCCCGACCACUUUGUCCCUCUGCGCUCCAUCUUUCCGGUCGAAGCGUGGACCAACCUGCGGCACUUCGGGCUCUCGGGUUUCCUCGUCAAACAAGACGACCUCCUAGACCUCCUCAGGUCUCUACCGUCCACGCUCCGCUCGGUUGAGCUCAGCUUCCUCGAGUUCAUGGAGAACAGUGGCAACUACAAGGGCCUUCUGUCCAGCAUCCGUAACGACUUGGGAUGGCGCGAGAGAGCCAUCAAGCCGCGCGUGAGCAUCGCGCUGCCGUCUGACUCCUCUCUCGCAGGGCGCGCGGUGUGGAUCGACGAGGAGGUGGAGGAGUAUCUCUACGGCGACGCCGAGAACCCCUACGACCGCUGCGAAGACCGCUACUUGCGCUGCGAAGACGGGCGCAGGUUGGAAAGGGGUGUGGGGAUCGAGAGAGACGCGUUCGAGCCUAGGUUCGAACGGACCUGGGACUGGGACCCCCGUAAGCCGGACGCGUUGCCGGAGGGUUUCGUCAGAGGCUCGCAGAAACGAGCUCUUCGAUAG